AUGAUCUGGAGGUGCACAAGAACUGUAGGUGCUCGUUCUGCCGAGUUCAAUGCUUGGUGGAAGGCCAGAUUCCUUGGUUUGCCUGCCUCGAGCACCGCCCUUAAAGUGCUGUUUGAUGGCUGGGAUUCUUGGACUGUCUAUGCGGGGGCAGAGGCUAAGCAGUUCAUGGUGCAUAUGUUAAAGGACAUUAAUGCACGAGUGAUUGAAGAUCCUUCUAUGACAAGGAACAUUGGAGGUCAAGAUGUUCAAGGCGGGGAGGUGAUUGUUAUUUCUGUCAUAGCGGUUGGUGACCUGGAACUUCCUUCUGGAGAAGGAGAAGAAAGAGAAACUUUGGCAGAAGCAACAACUAUCCAAGCAACUCCUUAUGCCAGAAGGAACAAAAGAAAGGAAACCACUCAGGCUCAAGAUAGUGUUGUCCAGCCUGAGACCUGGAACUUCCUAUUAUGCCCUGUCUUACACAAUUUAGAUCAUGCUCAGGAUAGUGUUGUUCAGCCUGAGACUUCAGCUGAAAGCCAUCCUUCUCCUCUCACUAAGUCAAAAAGGCAUAGGAAGAGAGCAGUGGCAGAAUACGUGGCCACAGAAUCUGUAGCAGCUCCUACCAACACCUCUAGGACAGAUGAAGAGCUGAGAGAGGCCUUUGAAGCGGUGGAGCAAGAGAAGGAGCAAGAAGAAGAAAUAACCCAAGAAAAAACGAAGGCAGUGGGAGAGGAGGAGGAAAUCCCUGCUGAAGUGAUUGUAGAAAGUAUCGCUUUGGCGCAGAAACAACAGGAGACCCCAAGGGCAGAACUGACCAGCUCAUAUCCAGAAGCUGAAGUGGAAGUAGUUGCUGUCGCUCCUGAACUUGUGUCUUUCCAGGCAGAAGUGCCCAGAACUGCUGGGGUUUUGGCAGUGAUGACCAGUCCUCUGAAGCCUCCCAUUGUUGCUAUAAGUAUGCCUAUCCAUUCGCUUCCAGGUUCAUCUACCACGGUCUCUUUUGCUGAUCCAGAAUUGGCAAAGUUUGAGGCUGUGGAUUUAGAUGCCCAGCUGGACAGACUGAAGAAACUGAGUUCCACUCCUGGCAAUGCCAAGUUAAAGGCAGUGGAUGAGGCAAUGGAGAGGGUGAAGAUCUGGCAAUCCACUGAGCUAGAACUGGAUGAGAAUAGGGAAGCUGUGGACCAAUUAAUGAAGGAUCUAGACCUACUGCAUAGACAGAACAUGGCUCCCAAGCCUAUACUUGAGAUGAGCCUCGGUUCGGCCAGAGAGGUGCUCAACCUUCACUACCGUUAUGAGGAUCUCAAGCCCACCUUCAAAACCUCUGAGUUCUGCAGGGCUACUCAUAAAGCCAACUUGGCUGAUUACGCAAAACAAAAGGCGGAAUUGGAUCAGAUGGUUGCAUGGUAUAAGGAAGCCAAUGCCACUGCAGAUAAGCUAGAGAAGCAGAUUGAAGAGCUUCAAAAGCAGUUAGCAGAAUGCCGGGAGGUACAGAACAGGCUCGGAGCUGGACUGAGUUCCAAGACCAAGGCUACCUUUCUUGUGCAAAGCAUGGUUUCAGCUUCCAGGCCAGCUUUGGAAAUUGCAGAAGCUUCCAUUCAUCAAGGAAUGCUCCUUCAGAAAGAGAUCUCCAUCAAGAAAACCGGAUUACAAGAGACUCUAAAGAAACUAGGACUUUGA